AUGGUGAGACUUCCAUUCCGACAACCAUCUCCUCAGCUUGGUGACUCAAAGACAUUCGCUCUGCAACGGUUCAAGACUCUAGAACAACGACUGAGUAAAAAUCCGGAUCUUCGUCAACAAUAUGUUGAAUUCAUGCAGGACUACUUGUCUACUGGACACAUGGAACUAAUCCCUCCGUCAACCAUUGACACUCCGCGUAACUAUUACAUUCCUCAUCACUGCAUAUUGAGACCAGACAGUAAGACGACAAAACUUCGUGUCGUGUUCAAUGCGUCUGCUCAAACAACCACGGGUAAAUCACUCAAUGAGAGCAUGUACACUGGACCGAAACUCCAGCCAGACAUUCGAAUUGUAUUGUUACGAGCCCGUCUAAGGAAGUAUUUGUUUAUUACAGAUAUAAAACAAAUGUAUCGGCAAAUACUCGUCCAUCCUGAUGAUAGAGAUUAUCAACGGAUAUUAUGGCGAUUUUCACCUACUUCGAAAAUGGAAGAAUAUCGUCUCUGCACCGUGACAUAUGGCACCUCAGCAGCUCCAUUCCAAGCUUUACGCACAAUUCGUGAGUUGGCAAAAAUUGAUGGUGCUCGGUCGACCCGUGCUGCUGCAGUUCUGCUUAAUGAUACAUUUGUUGACGAUGUCCUCACUGGGGCCAAUUCCGUACAAGAAGCCCUUGAAUGUCAAAAGGAACUCAUUCAACUGUGUUCGCGUGCACAAUUCGAACUCCGCAAAUGGGCAAGCAACUGCAGUGAACUCCUACAUGCCGUUUCUGAGGACACUCGUGCAAUGUCUCCGUUAGUGCUCUUUGACGCUAGUGAAGAGCCCGCCUUGAAGCUCCUUGGCCUCAACUGGGACCCAGCAUCUGACACGUUUUUAUUCAAAACCCAUUUAAUGGCAAAAGGUCCAACAAAACGCUCAAUACUUUAA